CUCCAGAUAUGGCGUGAACGCCCUCAUCAUUCCCGGACCGUCCGUUCGAUGCAAUAGGUCAGAGGCAAUCUCAAAGCCGCAUGGGGGCCGAGCAGGAUUGGCCCGGACGUAUCGCGUUUAGCUGGCCACGAGGUGAAGGCAAAAGCGGAGAACGUAGCUUUGGUCAAAGCAACGUCACCUCGUCUCGUAUGCACGAGGGUUCUUGCUACGGCCUUCCUGUUGCGACGCUGGGAACCAUACACCCGCAUAUCCAGAGCCAAAGCAAAGCACGCUUGCACAGCAUGGCAAGAGUCAUUUGCCUAUGCCAUUGACGGAAGUCUUGCCGCUGCAAGUGCAUCGAUAAACUCCUUCGCGGUUCCUGUGAAUAAUGGCUGCAAAACUUGUGCAUGUUCAGCGCCAGGCCUUUUUUCACUAAUUGCCCUCAAGUGGAACUCAUGGUGGAGACGGCUCCAAUCCUGAUGCGCCGUCAGAGAAUCACCCCACAGUUUGGUAUUUCUUUCAGAGAUCACGAGCGAUUCUCUGCCAGAGACCCGUCGAGGAGGGGGUGAGGAGGUCAACCCUUGGAACAGGCGAUUUUGAAGACGACGAGCAUGUAUGAACGCAGCGUGCAUUGGAUCAGCAUGGACGACGAUGAGGCUGCGUCCACAGAAAUUCGUUUUGGUCGAGCUAAGCCCACGAACCGCCCGCAUCCGCUUUGUCGUACAUACAUAUCGAGCUCCAAAGCUGCCUAGUAAGACGGACGGCCGCUAAUCCAGAACAUACAGACCCGCACCGCCCGCUUGUCAGAUUCAGACUCGACCAGGGAGGCGAAAUUUCUUGACAAUACUUGACGUCCUUCUAACACCAUGCGCGGCCUUCUGUCCGAGCACUAUGUGCUCGCUACUACGUAGUUUGUGCCUUUUUUUUUUCUCACCCCGUGGGCUAUCAGUCUGUUUUGCCAUCCGAGUUCCGCCCCACGAGGAUCACGAGGGGUAGCGUAGAUGAGCAUUGGCAUUCCUCUGGGGCUACUCCAGUUGGUGUCUUUUCCCCCCUUAGCCCAGAUCACAGCGUGCUACAGCCGCAUACCGACACAGUGGCCGAGGCCAUACAUAUCCAUAUCCGUAUCCAGAUAUACACAUAUAUAUAGAGUGUUACCCUCGAGGUUCGACAUCAUCCUAGGAAGACGAUCUUCACCUAUCCCACAUUGCUCUACCAGAACGUCGGGUCUUCCAUUUCAAGUUUUCAACCUUUGAACAACCCUCUCUCACCACACCUCUCUCUGUCUCUGUCUCUAUCUCUACCUCUGUCUCUCUUUUUCGCUCUUACCCACCAUCCCUACCCUGACCAUGGCCAAGGUGCAGGACUUUGCCGAGAAGAAGGAGCGUCUCGACGACGAAAGCGGAGGCAGCAAUCCUUCCUCGUACUUCCAGGCUCCCGAUCUUCCAACGCCAACGCCGCUCGUUCGCACGGAGACGCUUCGUGAGCAUGGAGCGCCAAUCGACCACGACGUGCCUCAGGCGGCCGCCAAGCCGUCGAACCCGGACCUCUGGUGGUCCAAGGUGCGAAACGUGAUGAUCGAACCCUUCUCCGAGUUCUUCGGCGUUUUCAUCCUGAUCCUGUUCGGCGACGGCGUCGUCGCGCAGGUCGUGCUUUCCGAGGGCAAGAAGGGAGACUACCAAUCCAUCUCAUGGGGCUGGGGCUUGGGCGUCAUGCUGGGAGUCUACUGCGGCGGCAAGUCGGGAGCACAUCUCAACCCGGCCGUCACGUUUGCCAACUGCGUCUACCGCAAGUUCCCAUGGCGAAAGUUCCCCAUCUACAUGGUUGCUCAGACGCUGGGUGCGUUUUGCGCUUCUGGCAUCGUGUAUGCCAACUACAAGUCGGCCAUUGACAACUACGAGGGCUACGGGAUCCGCACGGUCACCGGCAACACGUCCACGGCUGGCAUCUUCUGCACUUACCCGGCCCCGUUCAUGACCAGGACGGGCAUGUUCUUCUCCGAGUUCAUUGCGUCGUCCAUCCUGAUGUUCUGCAUCUACGCGCUCACGGACAACGGCAACAUCGGCGCCGGCAACCUCACCCCACUCGGCCUGUUCUUCGUCAUUUUCGGCAUCGGCGCCUGCUUCGGCUGGGAGACAGGCUAUGCCCUUAACCUGGCCCGUGACUUUGGUCCUCGCCUGAUGAGCUACUUCCUCGGCUACGGCCACGAGGUCUGGUCUGCUGGCGGAUAUUACUUUUGGAUCCCAAUGGUCUCGCCCUUCUUCGGCUGCACUUUUGGCGGCUUCCUCUACGACGUCUUCAUCUACACGGGCGAGAGCCCCAUCAACACGCCAUGGAUGGGCCUCAGGCGGUUCACCAGGCUCACGAAGACGGAGUGGUCCAACUCAAAGGUCUGAUACGGCUUGAACGGGGGGGAAAUGGGGAAACAAAGAGAAAUCCAACGCUCCAAGGAAAAAAAAAAAAGUUCAGACGGAAAGGAAAAUCCACUGCGUUUUCGUACUUUUCUCUAUCACCCCCCCCCCCCCCCCC